UCUAUGCCUCCAGCUCAAACAUAAAAACAUGGAUGGAAACAAAACCUUCCCCAGUGACUUCACUCUUGUGGGGCUCUUUACUCACAGCAAAGCCUCAGGAUUCCUUUUCAGUGUCAUUUGUGCCAUGUUCUUUAUGGCCAUGCUGGCUAAUGGAUUCAUGAUCUUUCUCAUCCGCGUAGACCCUCACCUCCACACCCCCAUGUACUUCCUCCUCAGCCAUCUCUCUUUUAUUGACAUGAUGUACAUCUCCACCAUUGUGCCCAAGAUACUGAUUAAUUAUCUUGUGGGCAAAGGAACCAUCUCCUUUGUAGCCUGCACGGCUCAGUACUUUCUCUACAUGGGCUUUGUAGGAGCUGAGUUCUUCCUGCUGGGCCUUAUGGCCUAUGACCGCUACGUGGCCAUCUGCAAUCCACUCCGCUAUCCUGUCCUCAUGAGUCGGAGGGUCUGCUGGUUGAUCUUGGCCAGCUCUUGGUUUGGUGGUGCUUUGGACAGUUUCCUCCUCACUCCCAUCACCAUGAGUCUCCCAUUCUGUGCGUCUCACAAGAUUAACCACUUUUUCUGUGAGGCUCCCACUAUGCUGAGGCUGGCCUGUGGUGACAAGGCCAUCUAUGAAAUGGUGAUGUAUGUCUGCUGUGUUGUGAUGCUCUUGAUGCCCUUCUCUGUGGUGAUCACAUCCUACAUCCAGAUACUUGCCACUGUGCAUCAGAUAACGUCUGCAGAAGGAAAGAAGAAAGCUUUUGCGACUUGCUCGUCACAUGUGAUCGUGGUGACCUUGUUUUAUGGAGCUGCACUGUAUACCUAUAUGCUUCCCCAAUCCUACCAUACCCCACUUAAAGAUAAGAUUUUUUCUGCCUUUUAUACCAUCCUUACCCCAUUGUUAAACCCUGUUAUUUAUAGUCUGAGGAACAGAGAUGUGGCAGGGGCUUUGAAAAGGGUGAUAGCAAGACAUAGAGGGGCCUGCGGUGUGGCAAGGAAAUAAUUACAAAAGGCUCAAGCUUCA